UUUUCGGUUAGGGCCUACAUCAGGAGGUGAGUUUAGUGAUCGAGGAAAGGAUCCAGUUACAAUUUUAUGCCCACUUGUGAUACCGAGUCUUGCCUAAACAUUUCCACAUGAAGCUUCAAUUUCUGUCUCAGUGGAUUUGAGUUGAAGAACGCCACGACUCCUGAGGAAAAUGAAGUAAUCUCUGUUAUUAAAUUGUUCUUUGUAGUUGUAACUGCCUAUAAAGCCGUUUUGUAACACCUGGCAGUUGUUUAUUUUGUCAUAUGGCUAAUAUAAACGCAUUUCCAAGGCACAUUUGAACUUUGACGAAUUUAUUAUCAAAGAUCUUAAUUUCCCUUGACCUCUGUAUAAAAUCGCGCCAAAAGUGUGUGAUGUUUUCCCUCGUUGUCCAAAGAGCAAAGAAAUUUCCGCCAAUGAUGGGCUGGAUGUUUAGGGUGGGAGGGAAAUGUUUGAAUACAGUGUGUAAGCACAGGCGGAAGAAAAUGAAUGCGUAGAGGAACAAGUAUAUUUUACAGAGUGGAAAGUUCUUGUGGUAUGUGAAAUGCGCUUACUACUGAGAUAUCGAAGGACGCCAAUGGAUUUUCCGAAACACCACAGUGUUAGCUAGUUUUAAUUUUGAUGGUAAACUGCUUACCUUUAUAUCAUAGGCAUGGAAAAUAGAAAUUUUGAUUCAGGUCAGCAGGAUAUUAUGAAAUCUCCUGCCAGGAAGAUUUUAGGUGAUAUAAAGAACGUAAAUGAGGACCCUCCAAGUCCAGUUUCACCAACAGCUAAUUUAAAAUUGUUAACUAGAGUUGCAAGUCAUUUCAGAAAAAGAGAUUUCGGUGAAGACUGUGUAGGAUUACUCGAGCAGAAAGUUGAUUCAAACGACUACGAUGAGAACGUUGAUUCGUUGAGUGAAUACCGGAAAAAAGUAUCAGCCGCAAUCAAACCGCGCAAAGAAAAGUCUUUAAGUCUUCUAUGUGACAAGUUUUUGGAACUUUUCCCGCUGGAGGUACCCCCUGAUAGUAAUCUGUUUAUAUCCUUGGACCAAGCUGCCGCUCAGCUUCAUACUGAAAGAAGACGAUUGUAUGACAUAAUCAACGUCCUAGAGAGUCUUCAGAUGGCAUCAAAGAUUGGUAAGAAUAGCUAUCAGUGGUUUGGAAAUCAGCAGCUCCUAACAACACUUGCUGAACUGAAAGGAAUGGCAGAAGAAAUGGGUUAUCAGAAGAAGGUGAAAGCAAUGCAAAAGUUGUGUUACUGCUCACCGAGAUAUCAAGAGAAGGAACUCCCUCUUACUCCAAAUAGUCAACAGGCAGAUGGUAACCGUGAUGAGCGUUCACUUGGUGUUUUGUGUCAGAAAUUUCUGAUGCUGUUUCUAGUGUCAGAUGAGGGUGACCUUGUGAAUUUGGAAGUGGCUGCUAGAGUUGUGUUGGCUGGAUCGGAAUCUGAAACUGCAAGUGACAUGGAGGAUGUUAUUCCAUUACAUGUGGGAAUGGGAAUGGGGAGCACGCAGUUAAAAGCAAAAGCGCGACGUUUAUAUGAUAUUGCAAAUGUUUUAAGUUCCCUGAAACUUAUCCAGAAAGUGCAUUGUUCAGAUUCUGUACGGAAGCCAGCUUUCACCUAUUGUGGACCUAAAGUUGAGCCCUUGAAGCAUCUAACAUCGCUAGAUAGAAAUCCACUCUACCCAACUCGACAUUCUCUUCUCCGAUCACAACGUGUGGUGCCUAGUAUAGAGGAGAGAGCUAAAAUCAUGAUAGGUGGAGGAAAACGCAAAUUGAAACGCACCUACAGUGAUUCUGUGUUGUUGCCAUUCGGUGAAUGUCAGGAAUUUCAGGAGUCAGGUGUUGAUAACAGUGCAGAUGGUGAAUGCUUUGGUGAGGCGGUCCUUACAUUGCAUUUAGUUGACAAUAAAGCCACUCGAUUUUCAUCUGCUGAGUCUGUUCAGACAGAGGACCAGAACAACACAAGUAGAGUAUUCACUCCUUACAUGGCUACUGGUGCAGGUGGUGUGUCUAAGUCAAUUGUGGGUGCCACACAUGUUGGUGGUGCAGUGACUUGUGAGAAAGAGGCCAUUGUGCAAUGUACUGAUCCUAUUUCCCAAGUAACAAAUCGUUGUCAAAUUGGAACUGAGCCUCAUGGAAAUAAACUGAUCAGGCAUCAUUCAGAAUCAUGUGUUGGUAAGACAUCAAUAUGUGUGAAAAGGAGAUUGGUUAAAGUAGCGCCACUGAGUAUGCAUAAAAGUAGCAGUAUGGAGCACAACUCUCCUGAACAUGGUGCAAGCAUCCAUAAAUCGUUCACUACAGCACCACAGAAAUCAGAAUUAAUGGCACAACAAGCCUCUUGUGUGCAGUCUGCUACAAACUUCAAUCAUUCAGUCUUAGUGCCAUAUACAGCUCCAACAAACAGCUGUACAGAUGGAUUGUACAUUGUUGACAAUCCUUGUAUAAAAACAUCAGAUGCUGUACGCCCAUCUAAUGAUUCCUUUGUAACCAAUGAUCAGAAUAAAAUUAACUCUUCCCCUGUCAUAUCGACCAUUGUGAUGCCGACAGUAAACCAGCCCCGUAUAAUAUUGACAGAAGAAAUGCUAAGGAAUGGCAGAAGAUUAAUCAAUAUACCUGGAAAGAGUGAUUCAUUUAGUAGCAAACGGCAGUUGUUGCCAAAAGGUAUUAAUAAUGAGCAAAGAGUUUUCCUGCAAUCAUCACCAGUUGCUGCUAAAAAUACAGAUUAUAUUCCGUACCAGCCAAAAUGGAAAUUACCGUACAUUAAGAAUGACUCGCACAUUGUGACAAAGGAUUUUUUCAGUGAAGUGAACAAACGUAGUUCUUUCGUUACUCAAAACAAAUGUUCUUACAGUGUGGUAACUGGAAAUGACACAAAUGGACAUAGCAGGCUACAUUUAAGUCCAAACAUUGACGUAAAAUGUGACUUUGUUCAAAAAGAGACUGGCACUGUAGUAGGCCAAUCUAGUGUAGACAAUAAGGAAUAUACAACGCUAACGUAUUCAGGGGAACAAGGAAAUUAUAAUGCAAAUCAAAAACAGUUUUCACAGUAUAUGUCUGUUGUCUCAGAUGAUCACUGUUACAAUAGGCAAGGAGAUAAAAGUUCCUUACAGACUGCUGAUUGUACUUCUGGCCUAGCUGGUGAGGAGAAAAUUGUGCUCCCACAUGUGGUUCCUGGAGAGCUGUACACAGCAGUUAAAGUUGGCUCUGUUCUGCAGCUUGUGCCAGUCAGUAGUAACUCACUGGUUACUAAAAUAUAAACAUUAUGGAAUGUUCUACAUUAUUUGUAUGUGCAAUACAUUUUUAAAUUUAUGAAAAAUCUAUUGACUUAAAAUUUAUACUGAGAUGUAUGUGUAUUAGAGAAUUAAUAUUAUCUAAUGUAAAACGAAAAAUUGAACUUCUUUCGUUGCGGAUAAAUUUUAUUAAUAUAUAUGUUUCUUCAAACUAUUUCAGUCUUCCAUUAAGUUGCGCAUCAAGUUUCUUUGGUUAAAUAUUUGAGAUAAAACUGAAAUUUCUCUCUGUUCUGGUACCCAAUGUGAAAUUUUAUGUAAAAUGCAUAUUUAUGCAUCAGUUAAGGGAAAACAGUUAAUGUCUUCGUUUACUGGAAUAUAUUCCAAUAAACUGCGUACUUUUAUCACUAUAUUUUAGAUAAACAUUUAUUUUGUGUUUACAGUUAGGAAUAUGAGGAGGAGGUAAAUUGUUCAUAUUGUGCAACACAGUAAAACAGCAUUUAAAUGGAAUGCUGGACAUUAGUAUUGACAGUCUGCACACACUUAAUUGGAGUAUUAACAUAGUUUGUCAGACGUGUUUGAAAUAACAGCUUCAAAUUACUGAAGAGUUUAAUUUUUUAUUUAGUGAAAAAUUUUGUUGAAAUAGUUUGUGAUGCAACCGUUUCUGGCUUCAUCUGUCUCCAAGACAUGAAGUAAUAUUGGAACCCAGGUAAUAUUGCAUUGUCAUUUUUGUGCACUUCUGUAAAUUAAUUACUGUUUUCCCCUGUCACUGCAAGUGUUUUCAAUUCCUUGGCAUGACCUUGAUUUGCUGUAGAUACUGCAGUGGACUGGUGGUGCAUUUUGCACCCAAGAAUGAAAAUAUGCUCAUAAAUUACUCACAGUAUAGUAAUUAUUUUUGUAGAUCAUUGUUAAUAGGAUAAUACUUAUGCUGUUAGGGCAUGUACUGAAACUUCAUGUUAUGGAAGCUCAUACUUACAUGAAAACUUGGGAUAUAAGCCAGAAUUGGCUGUUAUUCUCAGAGAAUUGAAUAACAUUUGGAAAAUUGGGUGGGCGCGCACGCGCAAAAUAAGUAAUAUAAUAUGUAAUUAUAAUAAAUCACUACUUACCGGACUUACAUGACAAAUGGCUUAAGAUAGUGUCCCAGUCCACUGCUCUGCGGCUUUUACAUGUGGUAAAUAGUGAUAUCUUAAUGUUAUAUUAUACCACUGCAUAAAACAAGUAGUUUGGUGUGGAUUAUUACAGAUUAUUGAUCCAAGAAAUGUGCAAAUUAUUGAAUAGACAUUCAUAACCUAUAGUUGCCUCUUUUUGAGGAAAUGGCCUUAUCUGUUUUGCAGUACAUGCAUCUUUCCCUCCAUUCAGUGAUUUUGUUUUGUGUGCACUGAUUGCGGUUCCUGCUUCACUUUGUUGAAUUCUGUUUCAGUUGUUAUUUACUAUUCUACCUAUGUCUUCUAGUCAGUUAUUUUGGGAUGAGAAUUGAUAUUGUCAGCUUGAAAUGUUUUCAGUUUUUGUUCUCAUUCUGUCAUUUAUAUAUAGUGGUAAUGCACUGAAGAGUUCUGUCUGCUAAAUAUUCAUUCAACAAUCUAUUGCAGAGGCUUCAGUUAAGUCUUUCUGUAGUUAUAAAAGAUGCACUAGAUAUUUUCUACCUUUUUCGUUACGUUCUGCACAAAAUGACAUACUUUGGGAGUGACCCCACAGAGAUUAUUUUAUUGUUGAAUAUUGUUUAAUGGUAAUAUUAAUCCAAUUCAGGAAAUUUUCAUCAUGUUUUGGCCUGUGAGGUUUCAUUCUUCUGUCACUAUUCAUAAAUUUUUAAAAAAAUGCAAUGAGAGUAAGGCAGAUAUUUUCUGGGUACUUAGAGAGUGGUAUAAUUUUUCUUUCAAUACAUUUUUCUGUAGCCAGUGGCACAUCCAGUGUAACAAGAACAGUUGCUUGAGAAAUAUCAUUAGUUUUCAUGAGGUAGUUGAAGACUUGUUUCAGUUUAUACCAAAAUUUGUAAAAUGUAUGUGCUACAAAGUUCAUUUAUAAUGAAUUGAACUGCUAUGUUAAUAUGGGUUAACAAUUUAGAAUAGUAUAUUUUGAAAUGCUCAUAAGAGCAUAUUGAGUCCUAUUUAUAGCAUAUUGUGCACAUUCAUUAGCUAUUGCAGCAUCAGUACUGGUUUAGUCUCAAGACUUCUAUAACAUUGUAGCAAGUUAUAAAGUACGAAAAAUAUUGUAAAUUUUGGAUAUUUUUUUCUGCAAAACAUCAGGAUCAUUAUGCCAUGUAAUCACUGCAGUACCAGCCCCCCCCCCCCCCCCCCCCAUGCUGCCACCAAACAAAACACACACUCAUACAUACAUUUAAAUCUAUUUUUUGUGUUAUUAGACAAACGGAGAUAGAAACAAAGGAGUAAGUGGCUCUAUAUCAAAGCUGUGCUAAUUUUCUCAGCAUUUGUGUCUCUAGUGAUUGACUAACAUUUACAUAUAGGCUGCACUGUUAAAAUGGCAAGCAUGUGGUUACUGUGAUUGAAAGUGAAGCUGCAUAUUUAUAUUAUUACUUUUUGUUUCAUAUUGAUUCUAAAUUCUCACCACUCUCUGAAGUCUGGCAUCAUGCAUAAUUUUUCUGCAAUUAUUUGUAGAACAUUGAACAGUAUUCAUCGAAAUACUCGGUUCUGUUUUUUCUAUUUCUGUCUUUGUCUGUAGGAAAUGUACAGUUGUAAGUUCAUGCCGACUGUUUUUAAUAGCAUUUUCAGAACCUCUCUUCCAUUUAAAUUUUAUACUCCUCCAGAGAACUAAAAUUAAUUAAUUUCAUAUUUGCACUCUGUUAUGUUUUUAGACAACCAACCUAAUCUAGUAUUAUUUCCAUCUGUCUGGUCCAGUUUAAUUUUCUUGCUCAUUAUCAAACACGAUGGAAGGUAUAUGAUCUCAGAGAUUCGUAAAUAUUACUUGCUGCUGCUGCUGCUGCAACUACUACUACUACUACUACUACUACUACUACUACAGCUCAAUACAUAACUACCUUUUUAAUUUACAUACUAUCAUAAUGUUUUCACUGCAGUAGUCGUGUAGUUUUGUACAUUCAGUCAUCAUUUGAGAUCUAUGGAUCUGUGUGUUGCUAUGCACAUAAUCCUUCUUCGUCUACUUUUUUUUUUUUUUUUUUUUUUUUUGAUCCAGUGUCUUUAAGAUAUAACAUUUUUUCAACUUCUGCUUUGUGGUGAUUAUAGUUUUUAAAUUUCUUGAAUUGUUGUACAGUGAUGGUGUUGCUCUGGUACAUCCAAAUGCAGUAUUUUAUUCACAUCAGAAUUUACCAGUCCACAUGCAUGGUCUUUUAGCUGUGUGGCAUCAUUAUCUGGCCAUCCUAUCAUGGUAAAAGUUGUGCAUACUUAGCUUCUCUCAUAAGCAGGAUUGUGACAAGACCAAAUGUAAUGUCGGAUAUUAAUGAAAUAUAUGCUGGGACCAUGAAGCAGUGUAUUUUAUGGUUAUGCCUUUAUAUCAAAGAAAAAGCAGGACACAUUUAAUGACUAAAUUUAUAAAUUUUUUAUACGUACCAUAAUCCUCAAGAGCAAGCACCUUAGAGUCCUUGAUUUAAUAGCAAAUUAUUUUUGAUGUAUAUAAUUUUUACAUAUUGAAGUAUUCAAAUCACAGUAUUUAUGAGUUGUGAACAUAGAUUGAUUUUGUUUCCUUACAUGAAUGGCACUCUUAAACCUGGCAUUGGUCUCGAAAUUGUCCAUUUUGUGAAUCUGUAGAGUGCACAGCUGUUUCACAGAAACAGAGACUGCUAAAUAUUUUAAAAUUAUUCCUUAUAAGAGUGCAAUGAAUAAACAAAUGUAUUGUAGAGAGACUAUGUUUUGUUGUGGUUUUACUUCAUUCCAUUCCAAUUGUUUUCCUCUGGUCAUUUUGAACUGAUGUAAUGAAAUACAAUAACACUGAUAUUAACUUUUAACUGAAGUUUUUAGAUUAAUUAAAAUUUGACUUGAAUGACAAGUGUUAGUUUUGGAGAAACUACAUAUUAUCAGCAUUGCAGAAAUUCUUGUUACAGUAUUACUUAAAUGCCAUAUACCAAGGCUCUUCAAGUAAAUUUGAUUGCUUUAUUUCAUUGUCUGAAUAUUUGCCACUAAAGAUUCUUUUAAGAUUUUGUGAAAUAUGUCCAGGCAAAGAUUUUAACAGUUUUGUAUGCAUCUUUAAUACAGAAUAUGCUUUUAGUUAAGACAAAAGUAAUUUACUAUCUGUGUUAGCCAGUCUGUUUGAAAUUAUCAUCCAGGCUAUCUUUAUCUGCAUUCAUAACUGAGAAACACUUAACCUCACCUUUAAGGUUUUACUUGUUGGGCAGGCUUGUAUCUACUAAGUAACAUAUUAACAAAGAGCAAGAAAGUAUUUUAAAAUUAUUUUUGUUGGUGAGUUUGUUAUAGACUGAAACUGAAUAUUUACCAAAAUGUAACAACAGUUACAGUAUUGCUACUCCUGCUCAGACUAAAAUUAUCCAUAAACAAACUGCAAUGGAUGCAGUAGUUUAGACUGAUCUUGUGAUUAUUGCUGUUAUAAUUAUUGUUAUUGCUGCAGUAGUAAUAUUCCUAAUACUUGUGCUUUAGAAUACUAGUCUAACAAAAAGAAAUUAAAUGUAAAUUUUAAUGGUACAUAUAUAUUAAGUGUUAAAGCCUUUAUAUAACUUUCUAAGACAGUUGUAAAAUAGAAUCCAGUUUGCAUAUGAUAUAAUCCACUUGUGCAAUAAAUUGUAUAUUUUAGAUGAGAAAGAAGUUUUAUUUAUGAAUAAGUAUAAACUAUGUGGGGUAUAAUGCAUAAUAAAUCUUGGUUGUAAUUUUUGAUGGCACUAAUGCUCAGAUUGGAAAGUAUUUCUUAAGGGUUUACUAUUGUCAGAACUUACUAGCUUAUGUAUUGAUUUAGAUACUAUGUUGGAGAAUGUGGGUAUUAAAUAGGUUUGCUUCUGAAAAGGGUUUUUAAGUGAGUGUGAAAGCGGAAUAUUAUUUCUGUUUUUUGUGUAAUACUGCUACCUGGAAAUAAGAGAAAACAAAUUAAACGCAACAGUUGCCUUUAACACGUAUCAUGUGCUUUUUCAGCUCCUAUGUAACAAGUCAUAAGUGUGGCCAUACAUUACUUUUCUUUUUAGUGUGGCAAGUUACUGUAAUACAUGAUAAAAUGUAAGCCAAGUAAUGUGGUUUAUUACAGUGCAGAAGUAUAAUUGAGAAUUUAUAAAUUAUUGCAGUUACUUAAAAAUUGUGUGCAGUCAUUGUCCAUUGUUUCAUGUGGAUGGUUUUCCUAACAAUGUUAGUCUUUCAUAUUAUCAUUAAUUGUGACAAAUCAUGUUAGAAAAAUUUUAGGAAUAUUUUUGGUGCACGGUAAAUAUUUUUAUAGUAAUAUCUGUGCUUGGAAUUUGAAAUAAAAUUGUUAUGAAUGUUGAAUUUUAAAAUGUUACCAUAAAAUUAUUUGAUGAAUAUCA